UCAGCUCGAUCCACAGAGCACAGCUUGAAAUGGGCUCUGGUGCCUCCGCAGGCCAAUGCCCCGCUGCGGCUGCCGGUCAGUGCGUUUUUGGCUCUUUUUCUGCAGACAUGGCCUGUGGCGUGCCUGAUGCUCCCCCCUUGCUGUGGCCAUGCCUCCUGCUCCCCAUGGUUAAGGGCAUGGCCGCCGGGCACCAGCAGGCCCUGGCAGCCCAGGCCGAGCAACGGCGCAUACGAGGAGGCCGCUGAAGGCAUGCGCGGGCUGCCCCUCAGUCGGACGACACUGAAGGCUCGCUAUGACGCCGGCGAGCUUGUGUCUCCAACCGCGUGGGCCAAGCGCCAGCCCAUCUUGAUCCUGCCGCUGGGCUACAACCCGCGGAAGCGCGCGGCGCCCGAGCCCGAGCCCGCGCCGACAAAGAAACGCCCACCAUCUGUGGCAGCGAGCCCAGCGGCGCCGGCACCGGCCGAGACAGCAAAAUUCCUACGCAUGCUCAAGACCCGCGAACAGAUCCGCCUGGCGAAGGCCGCUGGCGCACCGUGGCCGUGGUCCGACGACGACGUCCUGAAUCGAUAUAAAUUCACGAACGUAAAGCGCGAGCAUGAUCGCACGACGGCGUGGCUCCGCGCCCACUGGACCGCGAAGCACGGUAACGCCGACGCCGCGACCGUGUUGUUCAAUUGCGGUGUUUUUCGCGUGUUUGGGACGGUGGCGUUCGCGGAACAAACGGGCUGGACGGCGGACAUGAGCGCUUGGAACGCUUUCCUGGAACGAUGCAAUGCCGUCGCGUGCUGGAACGCCGGCAAUCACGCCUUCACGAGCGCCUACAACCGGGUCCGUUUCAACGCUGAGCGGUCGCGUUUACCUCUCGACGUUUAUGACAAGGAACUGUCGACGCUGGAAGGGUUGCGACUCGCCGUCGAUGAUAUUGUCGCCGCGCCGGCCGGCGGCCGCCUGUCGUGGCGGGCGGUCUGCACGCGGCUUCGACGAGUCAGUGGCUUCGGCGGCUCGGGCUUUAUGGCGAAGGAGGUGCUCCUCGAUGCCAUGGGCUGGCCGUCGGUGCGGGCCUUAGUCCGCGACGAGGGCGACUGGACGCCGCCGGGGCCCGGCGCGCGGCGGGGCCUGAACCGGCUCCACGGGCGCGCGCUCAAUUUUGACGGAGGUGAGGCGCGCUUCAUAACGGAGAUGCGGCUCCUCCUGCGAACGCUCCUGAGCCUGGACCCGGAGUUCUGCAAGGGCGUCUCUCUAGAUAUCCACGACGUCCAGUUCCAGCUCUGCGAGUACGACAAGUAUUGCCGCGUCGGCGACGGCGGCCACGUCCAUCCGUACCGGCCCCACGUUUCCAUGAACAUUCCUGAUCUCCCCGCACGCCCCCACCCCCACCGCGCACUACUCAUAUGA